CUCGGGGAGCAGCCCCUGCGCAUGAGCCCCGAGGAGAAGCCGUCCGCCCGGCGGGGAACGCCCGCCCGCCUUCGUCCCGGCGGCGAGGGGGCUUCCUGGCCGAGAUCCGCACGCCCAUCCGCACCGAGCCCUUCCAGCAGCGGUACAGCCUCAGCCCCGGGCCGGGAGCUCGGCAGAGGAAAGUUUGCAGUGGUGAAGAAGUGUAUCCAGAAAGACACUGAAAAAGAGUUUGCAGCAAAGUUCAUGAGAAAAAGAAGAAAGGGCCAAGAUUGUCGGAUGGAAAUAAUCCACGAAAUUGCAGUCCUUGAGUUGGCACAAUGCAACCUUUGGGUUAUUAACUUGCAUGAAGUUUAUGAAACUGCAACAGAGAUGAUUUUAGUUCUGGAAUAUGCUGCUGGAGGUGAAAUCUUUGACCAGUGUGUGGCUGAAAGAGAGGAAGCCUUCAAAGAAAAAGAUGUUAAACGACUUAUGAAACAGAUAUUAGAAGGGGUUUCCUUCUUGCACAGAAACAAUGUGGUUCAUCUUGACUUAAAGCCCCAAAAUAUUCUGCUAACCAGUAAGUCCCCUUUGGGAGACAUUAAGAUAGUAGAUUUUGGGCUUUCUAGAAUAAUGAAGAGCAGCGAGGAACUAAGAGAAAUCAUGGGAACUCCAGAAUAUGUAGCUCCUGAAAUUCUGAGUUAUGACCCGAUCAGUACAGCAACCGAUAUGUGGAGCAUUGGAGUGCUGGCAUAUGUUAUGCUAACAGGGAUAUCACCAUUCUUGGGGGAUGAUAAACAAGAAACAUUUUUAAAUAUAUCUCAAAUGAACGUUAGUUACUCUGGAGAAGACUUUGACCUCAUAUCAGAGUCUGCUGUGGAUUUCAUCAAAACUUUGCUGGUUAAAAAGCCUGAGGACCGUGCAACUGCUGAAGAAUGUCUUCAACAUCCGUGGUUAGAACAAAGCGAUGAUCCUCCUUGUAGAGCCUUGUAUAAGAGUCCAGGAGAGGAGAUCGGUGACAUCACCCAGAAAGACGCGGAUUCUGCCUCUGAAAAAUCAGUCGAUGCUGAGAAGACUGAAGAGGAAGAAUCAAUAGUGACAGAAGAACUAAUUGUAGUGGCUUCAUAUACGCUGGGACAAUGUAGGCAGUCAGAAAAAGAAAAAGUAACUGAGCAGAAAGCCAUUUCCAAACGAUUUAAAUUUGAGGAACCAUUGCUGCAAGAAAUACCAGGAGAAUUCAUUUACUGAACUGUGUGGAGCUUCAUAGCUGUAACUGGAAGGCAGUGUUCUCUAAACAAAAAUAUCCUAGCCAAGUGAAUUUCUGAUACGCAAUAAAUGUUCUAGAUAAAAGGAAAUGUUAAUAAGUGGCAUCCAAGACAAAUGUGCCAAAUUUUCUAAUUUCAUGGAACAGAUAAACAAGAGUUCAAGUGACUGACAGGGAUUUAACAAAGAUGAAAGCUUAUUUUUGUUUGUCAUUUUUAUUUCUGUUUUUUUUUUUUUCUUUGUUACUUGAUAGCAGAGUUUAUAUUAAUUGUUCCAUUGUUCUGGAGAAGUAAGAACACUUCUAUUGGAAGUGUUUCAGUGGCAGACGUCAAGAGGAGUAUUUUAUGUUUUGGCAUUUAAUGCAAAUAUUUAAUGCUGGGUUUUUCUCAAACACCUUUUAGCACUCCUGACUUCAGUGGAACUAUCUACCGAUCUAAAAAUUGUAUGAGAAGAGAAAGUGAUCCACUGGUUUGACAUACAGAUUUCAAAGCUGUGCUAUGUAUAUAUUUCUUUAAGCUUACAUCAAGUCAAGGACCCAGACUCACCUACUGGAUAGCCAAAGUGAGCUGCGUUUCUCUAGCAACUGAUGCACAUGUCCUGCCGGUGGAGAAAUCUGUAUCAGCAAAGUGUCCCUCAUCAGUGGUGAUACUUCUUUAUUUGGGAGCACAGUAAAAUCCUGCUCCAGAGGGUAAUGAGUUUUCUUAAGUCAGUCAUUCCUGAGAGCAGCAGAGAUCACUCCCCUCCUCUGGGUGAGGUGUGCUCACAGCUCCGCAUGACUGCUCAGUGUUGAUGAGUGGGGAAAAAAAAAUGACAGAAGGUCUGAUGUAGCUCAAUUUGUUUUCUCCACUGACUUCAUCAUGGUAGAUCAGACAUUUUGUCCAACUAAUGAUAAAUCAGCCCUCAAUUCCAUCCCCCCUCCAGAACGCAGCUGGGGUUUUACUGGGAGCAUGAUGUCAUUGCUGCCUUCUUUCUGUUCCUCUAACUGCUGCUUUAGGGAAGAAAGAAGCAUCCUUAGGCUAAAUUGUGUAAUCUUGUUCAAUAUAGCUAUGGGAUGAGGAAGGAGGUACUGCUUCCUCUGAAACAAUGAAGCACAACUCGUACCUCGUGCUUCCCAAUCACUCUUCUUUAGACACAUGGAUAAACAGCAUGUGUAUGAUGGGGCAGAGUGGGAUUAGGGAGCUGUAUGGAUGGGUCAUAGUUCUCAAUGGACACGGUCCCUGAGAGGACAAAGCUGGGACCAACUGGGCAUCAAAAUUGACUGGUUUUUUUGCAGUGUACAGGUCUGAGGAUCUUGGACUGAGUCCUAGUUUUCUAAGAAAUCUUUCAUAUUGAUGCUGUUCCAAAGUUUAAUUUUUAUGUAAUUGAAGUUUAGUGCUAUUACAUUGCAUACUGUUAACUAUUCAACUAUUUAUUUGGUUUCCUUAUGCUGUUCCAUUGUAAUAAACCCUGACAAAAGUUUUCUUGCUAUAAAACAAUGAAUAGAGACUCUUAAGGUAGUUUUUCCUUUUUCCUGUGUUGCUACAGACUUUUCUAGUUUCAAAUGUACCAAAAAUGUUCUUACUCCUGAGUGAACAGUUUAGUGCCCUGGUAAUAUUGCAGUUCCUCCUCCAUACAAAGGGUAAAUGGCUUAUAAGACAAGCAGCACUGGGGUGAUCUGAUUAGCAUUUCUGUAAGGGUGGGAGAAAAAGCUCUUAAGAGGGCAGCUGAAAAGCAGUAGUGUGAUACUGAGUGGAGAAAUGAGCAUUUUUGCCUAGGGCUUCAUUGCCAGUGGUGUAGUUGCCUUUACUUGAAGUGACAUCAGAAAAAUUGCACCUAAAUUUAACUGUUCUAUCUGGCUUCUUCCGCUAUGGAACUACAUAUGGAAUAUUGAUGUACACAGAGUGACUUCUCCUUGAAGACCUUCAUAUAAGCAGACAUCCAAUAUUACUUGAACAAUCGAUUCUGGAUGUGUUUUAUAUUGUAAUGCAGAGAUGCCUUUCAUGCUCUGGAGAAAUGAGUCUUUUGUUGUUUUUUCCCUCCUGUAGACAGUAACUACAGACUCCUGCUGAGGAGCUACCAUGUAGGAUUUUCUUGGGUAGUUCUGGCUGGCCAUUAGUAGAAAUUAAAAAUGUUGGAGCCUACAGAGUAGUUGUGUUAAGUAAGCGUUUUUGAAGGUGGACAGUAGCUGCAUUACUGCAUGCUUGCUGACCCUAACAGCAACGUUGACCUGUUUCAGAGGGUUUAAGCAUGAUGGUACUCUUCAUGGGCAUCUUCGUUUUGCUGUUCACUCAUUUGUCAAGACAAUUUGUUUGAGGAACAGACGUGAACUUACGAAAUUCAUUUCUGCAAGGUUAAAAUUUUCCCAGCUCCCGUUGCUGCCGUUUUCACCUUUUUUCUGCAUCUAUACUGCCUUGUUUAUGCGAAGCACUGAGGUUGAAGGACAUUCACAUCCCACCUUUACAAAACAAAUUUAUGUUGCCAUAUCUGCAUACCUAAAUUUUUAAUAGCUCAUGGUUGCUCAAAGGGAACUAUAAUAUGUCUCAGUUCCUAUUUCUAAUCACAGAUCACAGCUCAGAUGGGGACUGAUACUAAAGAAACAGAGUAAAUGCUGAGCAGCAUAUAUUUUGUCCUAUAUUUACUGGUUUUAUUGUAUGAGAAUGAAGCCUAACGUGUAUAAAUGAACUAUGUACCUACUACAAGGCCAGUUUCUCUUGAAUUGGCUGCUUUGAGACUCCACGUGGGCUGCAUUUCUGUUUAACUUUUAACUUUUCGUGCCUUACGGUGGUUUUGUACAAUGCUUAACAUAAUUAAGAACUUGUAUAAAGUUGUAAAAGUUCAACAUUAUGUUAUUAGAAAGGCAUCUUAGAGUGGCCCUAUAAGAGGAAAAAUUCCCUGUAACGUUUAACUGUGGACUAUCAGCCAGUCCCACACACUUGAAGCUAUUUCUGUUUGACUACAAAUGUGGGUAAAGCUGUAAAUGAGGUAUUCUUGCCCUACACUGCAGGAAGGCGCUAUUGAGGUUUGUGGUUUUGAGAGGCUUAGUUCCUAGGAAAGUAACACAUCGGAGCUGGGAAUAAAUCAGUGGCUGGUGAAGAAGAGCUGUUUUCUUGCAGCUCCAUGAAUACAGAAGACUGCAUGUACAUACACAGUUCAUCUGAAAAAAAAAAAAUGCUUAAGCCUUAAAGUGUUUGUGGAGAAAGGAGUGGUUGCGGAGAAGGUAUUGAUUCCUUGGAUCUUGUGGAUAAUACUAUCUCAGUGCCCGUUCUCCAGACUGGGCACCUGCUGGCUGCCUUUGUAACGCUGGGAGCGUGGCUGCUGUUUGUCUGAAUGCAGGAAGCUGAAGGGAAUGGAAGUGCAGGUGUUGGAGAAUUGUUGUUUCUAUGGUUCUGAUGCAGGAGGCAUGACCUGUAUCCGUAGGCGCGGGGUAGGUUCAGGCCUUGAGAGCUGCGAGGUAGGAAAUGCAAAUACAAAUUCACUGUCCGUUCUCCCCUGGCGUGCUGGCAGGGGAAAGGGAGGAAGAUAAGCCUUUCACCAAGUCAUUCCAUGGCUUAGGAGGUCCUGAAUAUUUCAGGUGCUGCUGCUGGAAGACAGUUCAACAGUUCAAAGAAAUAGUGCCAGUUCAUUGUACUUCUGAUAAGGUGUUUACUGUUUCAGGAACUUUACAAUAAAGGAAAUUUUGUUUUCUGAACAGCUGAUGGGUCUUUUGUGCUUUAUGUAUUGGGAAACACUUUAAAACUUUUUUUUUAAACAAACAAACAAACAAAGAAACAAAUCUUUCUUCAAGACAGCAUGACUGGUUUGAUACAGAAUUCCAAAAGUUACACUAGUUUGUCUGGCAAAGACAGGUGUGCAAUGACUGGAAACACUAAUAAAGCUAAAGCACGGUGCUCUGUCACAAACUACUGCACCUUAACUUCUUUAGGGGCUGGUGACUGUAUGCCUUUCACACUUGGCUUUGAAUCCUAGCUAGAAAUAUAUUGCUGGAACUGGGUUGUAGUAUGUUAGAUGGAGUCGUCUGUGCAAAUCUGCUUGCUUUUCUCCAAGGACUUCUGCAAAGUUACUUUUCUUAACCCUGUAGCAGGAUUACUGAUACUGUAGUCUUCUGAUUUACACAUUUGUUCAAUUUGUGCAGUGAAUACAAAAUGCAAUCGUCUUUUCCACUCAAAAGCAAUAUGCUCGCACUGCAGAGAUCUCCACAAUCAAGCAUUUACAGAAUUUGAAUUAAUCUGUCAUUGGGAUUAAUAAAUAUAGUCACA